AUGGGCGAUGCUAAGCUAAUUCCAAACAAGUACCUCGAGCUUUGCCCGGAUCUCGCUGCACUUGUCGACGUAGCUUGGAAAUCGACCCUCAAGUCGUCGAACCAGCUUCAUGCUACCUCCUACCUCCGUACCUCAGAGGCCGCUGCAAAUUCUAUCAAGAUCGGACAGGGGGCGUCUUUUCUCGUGACUCGCAAGAACGUUCCGCCCGUGGAAGCCUACUGGUCAUCUGCAAAGCCCAAAGAUGGCAUCACUGUCCAGCCGGAACGUCCAUGGAAAUCCAAGGCGGGAUAUCAAAUCGUGUACAAGAUUGCUCGCAUUCAGUUCAACAGUGAAGGUGACCCAUUACCCAGUCAACGUGUCACCUACGCAAGCACUUUGCUUGACUUGAUGGUACUUAGCCAUGGUCCAGUAAUGAAGCAUCCCCAUAUUAUCAAAUUUCUAGGUCUCGCGUGGGCUGACAAUGGUCAUCUCGACACUUGUCCAAUUCCCGUUCCCAUUCUGGAGCAUGCUGCAUUUGGUAAUCUGGCCGACUAUCAGGAAACAAAGAGUCUAUCCGUCGAGAAGCAGUACGAGCUUCUUCACCAGGUCGGGACUGCCAUGAAAUUUCUACAUGCAAAUUCCAUCACGCAUGGUGACGUGAAAAGUGAGAAUGUGCUGUUGGUUGCCGACCCAGAGAGAGAGUUCGUGGCAAAACUAUCGGACUUUGGGUUCGCAGUACUAGGCAGCGAGGGAUAUUUCAAUUUCCUUCCUCGAGGGACUCUGCUGUGGUCCGCUCCAGAAGUCAGAGCAGGUACCCUCAAGACUGUGGAAGCUCCGCUAUCAGACGUAUACUCUUUCGGUCUACUAUGCUGGAGGGUAGCCCUCGAUGGCAUAGAUCCUUUGUGUGCGUAUUUCCUGACUGAUGAGCAAGUUGUUCCUCCGAAUCUUCACCGUCUGGACCGCGAGAGUCUGGAAGUGUAUAUGAGAGAAGACAUGAUGUGCGGACGAGCGUCUCCUUCGAUGUGGAUGUUCAAACUUGUUUUGCUACAAGCUUGGCGAGCGUCUCGUGGGGAAGCCAGCGUAUCAAACUUCACUACCGUUUUCACUUCUGCCCUUUCCAUUGCAACAGCGAGACAACCUCCUUGGAUGGUAGUCCUCCAGUCGACAUUAGCAUUUGACCCGGGAAAAAGAGAUCUAUCUGCUGCCAUUGCCGCCCUGAGGGAUCAUGCUCCCAAUAUUGCAAAGACGCCAGCUGCAGAAUCCAUUGAGGAGAGCUCUGCAUACAAUGUUCUUCAGGCCAACAAUACAACAGUCUCGUGGAAUUCAUUAAGACUAAUGCCUCCAGCGGUAAGUAAUCACAUUUUUGAACAAAAGUGCCGCAAGCUCGAGAGCAGCCUCGCUGCCGGCCAGAAAGGCUUAGCACAAUUCGCAUAUGGCCUUGCAUGCUGCUCUUUCAGUGGGAUGGGCUCAGAUCAUCACCUUGACACAACAAAAGCUAUCAAAUAUCUGCUGAUUGCAGCCCAACAUGGAUCUUUGGGAGCGAUCGCAGUGGUCCCAAGAGUAUGUAGAACAUUCAACAAAAACGUUUCAGAUAUUACACCUCAACUCAAGCAGUGUGCCCAAUGGGGUUCUCAAGCAGCACUUGAGGACCUUCCAAGAAUAAGCAUGGAUGCAUAUAGAGAAGCGAAAGCUUUCUUGCAUGGAAACAUGUGCGGUAUUGGUGCUCAACUUUUCCGAUGGUACAAUCCACCGUGGCUGAUGCAACAUGUCAAGUCAAUGGAUUAUGUUGAGGAUUUCAUCAAGAAGUCUGAUCAAAAGCCUUCAGAAAUCAUGAUCAACCCUCGUGGCGACUAUCUACUUUCAUCGGCAGCAUCUCUUGGUGUCCUCGAUUUAGUCAUCCGUCUGGUCGAACAUCACUCAGUCUCGAUCAACCAAUUGAACGAGCAAGGUGAAAGCGCCUUACAUUGUGCAAUGAGGUCUGGGCAUCCACCUAUUGUGCUCUGGCUUUUAGAUCACGGCAUAAAUGUUUUCUCGAAGGGCACGUACCACAACGAAACGCCUUUGCACUGGCUUAUUAGCAUUGAACCCGAGGAAACCGAAGCUAUCGCGCUCCGACUCCUUUCAACAGAGGAGGGAAAGGUAGCCUUGAGCACGUGGGCACAGCCGUGUCGCUAUGCUGCCACAUUAAUGCCAGGAUACAACGACCGAUGGGACAAUCUCACAUACGGCUCACCGCUCCACUGGGCUAUCUGUAGAAAGCGGCUGGAUGUCGUAAAGAUUCUGUUGGCCCAUGGAUCAGAUCCAAACGCGACCGGUGACUCCUGGACAAAUAUGGCCGCAAUGGAUUUGGCAGCCUUCCUCCACGAAGACGAGAUCUUGCAAACGAUGAUUGACUUUGCAUUCCCCAAACCACGAUACCAAUACAUUGAUCUUGGAAAACGAAACACUGUAAAUGCCGAGUCGAACGUGGUUGAAGGAGGUACCAUUCCACGUGGUCUAUCUUAUUGGAUCAGAGAAGCAAUCAAUGGCUGCGACCCGUGGAAGAUGCUUUUCCGAUUCGGCGAGAAAUGGGAAGAAAGGAUGAAAGCAACAUUCCGCAUCCUCGGCGAAGAAUUGAAAUUCGCUCAUCUCAACAGUGGCGUGGACGAGUUGGAAAACACUCCACUUGGCUUCGCUGCUCAGUAUGGCUAUCACGAGGCCGUUGAAAAGGUACUUGAGCACAUGAAUGGCCUCUCAACAGUAAACGAACCUAACAGUGUAGGCCAUUGGACACCAAUAUGCUGGGCAAUUCACCGAGACAACAAGAGAAUGUUCUACAAGCUCCUAGACAAGGGCAGUGACAUGCACGUGCGAAUCAACAGCCCCAACCGCAAAAACUGGUUCAACUGGACCCUUCUUCACGUGGCAGCUCGUAGCGUCAUCAAAGCAGACCUGGAACUCGCUACCAAGCUCUUAGAUGAGGGCAUUCCAGUCGAUGGACUAGCAGACCCUGCAUGCGGUGGUCCUGCACAAACUCCGCUUGCAAUAGCCGUAGAAGAAAAUCAAUUCCAGCUCGCGGACUUGCUUCGUAGAAAAGGCGCGAAUGUCAAUGCCUGCUGUCAUUAUAUCGAUUUUCAGCGCAGGAAGCUGAAGUAUCCGUGCUCGAUCCUGGGGUGCGUUGUAGCAGCCAAUCUUCGCUUCUCCGGGUCUCGGCUAAAAUACCUACUGUGGCCAAAGAGCGAGGCUGAGACGUUAGAGGAACCUUCAUUUAUUGUUGUGCCUGAAGCUGGGCUCACGGCUUUACAUGUCGCUGCUAUGGGUGCAGAUUUCUUGGAUCAGGAGGAAGAGAGAGAUCCAGAUAUUGCUAGCGAUAUCCUGUCUUUGUUGCUAGAGAAAUAUGAGGACGCUGAACAGGUGAAUGCGCAGACAAAGGAUCUGGAGUGGACUGCUUUGCAUAUUGCGGUUGACAAGUUAAAUGUUGAGUUUGUGAGGCAGUUGUUGGAAGCUGAUGAGAACGAUGUUGGCGUCAGGGACAGCAGUGGUUUGACUGCAUUUGACCUCUGCCGAGAUAUUGUACAGCAUGCUGAAGAGACAGAGACAUCGCGAUUUGCAGCAGCGAAAGAGAUCUGUAUCAUCGUCAAAGAGACGCUGCGAAGAUCUGAUGGAGAUGAGGAUCCGGGCAUGGGAGAGAUUGCUAAAAACACUAAAGCAAUCCUCUUUCUUGGAACGCCACACCGUGGAAGCUCCUAUGCUCCUUAUGGGGAGUUACUCAGAAAGGUGGCAUCUGCUGUGGGAUUCGAUACCAACGAUGCAAACCUACGUGCUCUACAUUUUAGCUCCUUAGAAUUACAAUUGUCACAAGAAGAAUUCAUGAAAAUCUGGCGAAAGCGGGAUCUCACCGUGCGCACGUUCCAGGAAUCUACUGGCUUUGCAGGUGUUCGUGGGCUGACAGAGAAGAUAGUACCGGAUAUGUCAUCAAGCUUUGAAGACACUAGGGAGCGAGCACAGCAUCUUCCCGGGAAUCACAUGAGUAUGUGCAGAUUCCAAAGUCCGCAAGAUGCGGGUUACACUCGAAUCUGCGGUGAGAUACAAGAAAUCCUCAGAGAUCUAUCUGCUCAGGCGGAUGUAGACCAACCAGCUUCGUUAAAAGAUAUGUUCGUUUCUCAGCAACAAGCAACAUCGCGGCACAUCUUGAAAAUUAAUUGCCAAAAAGUCCUUGAAUCGCUUGAGUUUCCACAACUUCUUGACCGUCAACGCACGAUCCGAACACCUGUUAGAGGUACCGGAGAGUGGCUAAUACGAACAACAGAGUAUCUGGCUUGGGUGCAAGGUGGCCAUCGCCUUCUGUGGCUCAAAGGUAAAGCUGGCUCGGGGAAGUCUACUGUGAUGAAGCGAACCUUGUUGCAUCUCCAGCAAGUGUUCCCAGCGGAGUCGCAUACUGUUGCCGCGUAUUUCUUUGAUGGCAGUGGUGUCGAGCUCCAAAGAUCAACCUGCGGUCUACUGCGCACCGUUUUGUAUCAAGUGUUCAUGCAGCACAGAGCACUCCUGGAAGAAUUCGUGCUCACCUCAGAUGAUGGAAGGUUUAUCAAGGGAAAAGUAUUGAAAUGGUCAUUAGAGGAGCUCAUGGAAGUUUUGACAAUCUUGACCUCACUGAAAAUGUGGAAACCCACAAUAGUUGUUCUCGACGCGCUGGAUGAGAGCCCGAGAGAGGACCUACUCUCAUUACUGUUCUACCUUGAGAACUUAUGCCCCGAAGAAGAUCGGAAUUCAACGAGAAGGCUUCGUCUGAUGAUAUCUAGUCGACACUAUCCAAACAUAACUCUCAAUGACUGCCCUGAGAUCUGGGCUGAGAAACGUAAUCAACAGGACAUCGAGAUAUUCGCUCGGAUGAAAUUAUCACCCAUGUCCCAAAGCGUUGAUAACAAGUACUUGGUCGAAUCCUUACUUCAAAAAGCCGAAGGUGUAUUCCUUUGGGUUGAUCUCACGACGCAAGCGCUGCUGAUAGCAGAUAGUGAUGGAGAACCCCUUUCACGUAAAAUGGAGGCCUUGAGCAAAACCCCUAAAAGGCUUGGUGAUCUCUACCACCAAAUUCUUUCCAAAUUGUCUCACCAAGAGCGUACCGAAGCUUUUCACAUCUUCAAACUAGUCCUAUUUGCAUCGCGAAGACUAAGUCCGCUUGAGCUCUAUUUUUCGCUUCAGUUCGACAUAGUCAGGCCAGUAGUGACGCUACCAUUGUGGACAGAAUCGAACCAAUAUAUCGAUAACGGCUUACAACUAGAAAAAUUCAUUCGUUCCCGAUCUCGUGGGCUACUCGAGAUCGUGAAGCUGGAUUCGUCACUCGUUUUCAACAAUAAUUCUAGCUUGGAGAGUAUACAGUUCAUCCAUCAGACUAUGCCUGAGUUUCUAUUGCGAGAAGGACUCAACCUAUUGGAGCCAUCGCUCAGCUUUUCCUCUGUUGCAGGGGUUUGCCACCAUGAAAUCGCAACUCUUUGUAUCUUAUAUCUGUCACAGCCACAGAUCAUUACAUGUCCAUCCAUGACAUUACUGCGUUUCGCCGUCAGUCAACUAGAAAGUAGCUCACUAGACAGUCUCGGCUCCAUCGGGAUGCGUGAAGACGCCUCUAGGGUUCGCGCAGAGCUAGUUGCAAGCUAUCAGUACUCUAGCUAUGCGAUGCCACCGGACCAGAAAUUGCAGUCUGACCGCCUCGAUGAAGUUCCUUACCUCACAGCCGUCGUGUUUUGGGAGCUCCCUAUCCUCAAAUACGCAGUCUCGAAUCUUGAAUAUCAUUUACGUGAGGCCGCUAAAUCCUCGGUCUCCCAAGGUCCUCUGAUCGAUUUCUUGAUUCAUGAGGAGUCUAAGUGUUUUCUUGUGUGGUAUGCGUUACAAAAUGCUUUGUACUUGCCAAGAAAACAUCGACUACACAGCGUCGACUGGACAGACCUCCUACAAGUGUUCGUUGGACUUGAACUCGAAAGCUGUGUUCAUGAAAUACGCACACGAGUGAUCAAUAAGGAGCUGCAAUUGCCGACGCACUGGAAAUUGAACAGAGCUUUGUCCCUUGCAAUCUCACUGCAUUCGUCAUGCAUGGCUUUUGACGUUAUUUCAUGUGGUGUGGACAUUAACGAAAGAGACAUAAAUAACCUGUCACAUCUAGAUAACGCAUGUCAAAGAGGACACAAGAACAUAGUAAAAGUGUUGCUUGACGCUGGUGCGGAUGUCAAAGCUCGGAAUGCCCUUCGAUCGACCGCUCUUCAUCAUGCUGUUCAUGCUGGAGCGGUAGAUGUUAUACAGUUACUGCUAGAUGCAAAAAGCGACCUUGAAGCUCCAACAUUUCUAGGAGAGACUCCCUUACUUCUGGCGGUCGCAGAUGAUAAACUAGAUGUGGUAAAGCUUUUGAUGAAACUUGGCGCGAAUCAAAAGGCCACAGACAGCCAGCACCGAGGUAUGAGAGACAUUGUGAUGACGAAAUACUGCCCUGCCGUUGAUGCUUUUCUGAACCCAGACACUGCAUCAACAAGGUCUAUGCCCAGGUUACUGGGCGCAAUAAUUGAACCCAUUGAACGGUCAAUGACCGCGUCUCCGAGCCCUGAGCGGCAAGCUGAAAGAAUGAGCGCAUUUCAACAACUUCUACCUGAGCCUCGGCGUCGCCAAUCCGGGCAAGAUCAUUACCUAGUAGUGCCUGAUCGCACGAGACUCUAG